AUGUACGAUCCAGCACCCUAUCGGGACGUGGAGGGACAACCAUCGCGAGUACUUGGAGAAGCUAGUGAUUCUCCUAGGUCUUCUAUAGACUCCACUUCAACCACUUCCCUUAUUCUCGAAAGGAUAAACCGUGAUGGAGAUGACACAGAUUACAACCCAGCGGCACCCAUUCACAGGGAAAAGCACGGUGAUGAUGACCUUGAGGGUGGAAAAACCCGUCUGAAGCCUGCUGAAAGGAGAGUUAGAAGAGCAGUGUAUAUCCUUGGAGCUGUGAUGGUUGGAGCUUGGGCUCUGGCCCUUGUGGUAUACAUCGCUAGAGAUCAUUACAAAUGGGCAGAUAACCCCGAUUCAACACUACCAUCAAAUUUGGGGAAGACUAUCACACUUGAUCAGGUCAUGGGGGGCAAUGGAGGAAAUCCCCCUUCAUCUAAUAGCUUCCUUGAGGUACACGAUGUUACAAAUACCAGCAAUACGAUCGUGUUAAUGCAAAGCAGGUCCUUGCAUGGCAAUGGACAACCGAUUCAUGUUUCCAAAGUGUGGCCUAGUGCGGAUUUAAAACGCGUCCUCGUGGCAUCGGAUGUUCAAUCGAAUUGGCGCCACUCGUACACUGCUGUAUAUUGGAUCUAUGAUGUCGCCACAAAAGUUGUUCGGCCUCUUGUACCCUCUGACCCAGAGGCAAGAUGUGCGUUGGCAGUGUGGUCUCCUCAGGGAAACUCUAUCGCCUUUGUUCUUGACAACAACCUAUACAUCCAUCAGCUAGACCUACAGACCACAUCAGAUGUAUUCAAAGUCACACAAAUUACUAGAGAUGGCGGCACAGAGUUGUUCUAUGGUAUUCCUGAUUGGGUUUAUGAAGAGGAAGUAUUCUCUGGAAAUAAAGCACUUUGGUGGAGCGCAGACGGAGGUCACCUUGCCUUUUUGCGAACAAAUGAGACAGAGGUCCCUGAAUAUCCAAUUCAGUAUUUCGUUUCGCGUCCUUCAGGCGAGAUCCCUGAGCCUGGCCAGGAAAAUUAUCCUGAACUCGAGUUCAUCAAGUACCCAAAAGCUGGCGCACCCAACCCUGUGGUUGAUCUGCGUUUUUACGAUGUGGAGAAGCAGCAAAUAUUCUCUGUUGACAUUGAAGGCGAUUUCUCUGAUGAGGAUAGAUUGAUUACAGAAGUCUUGUGGGCUGGGGGGGAAAAUGUCCUCAUUAAAGAAACCAAUCGCGAAAGUGAUUUUCUAAAAAUGGCUUUGAUUGAUGUUAGUACACGGACCGGAAAGGUUGUGAGAGAAGUAGAUGUUGAAUCGCUCGAUGGGGGCUGGCUUGAAGUGACACAAAAUACGAAAUAUAUUCCUGCGGAUCCUUCUAAAGGCCGGAAAUAUGACGGAUAUAUUGACACAGUCAUUCAUAAAGGAUAUGAUCAUCUGGCAUAUUUUACUCCUCUUGACAACCCAGCGCCCGUACUUUUGACAUCCGGUCAAUGGGAAGUUGUUGACGCCCCUUCCGCGAUUGAUUUGGAAAACGGAUUGGUUUACUAUGUUUCUACUGAGCGUUCCCCCAUCGAGAGACACGUAUAUAGUGUCAAACUCGACGGGUCUGACAAACGCGCUCUGACGAACGUAUCUGAGGACGGCCGUUAUGAUGUUUCCUUCUCAAAACUGGCAGGUUAUGCCCUACUAACAUAUUCUGGACCCGAUAUUCCUUGGCAAAAGGUAGUCAGCACACAGUCCAAAAAAGGCGAUUCAUUCGAGAAAGAUAUUGAGAAGAAUCAAGCGCUUGCAAAGCUUGCAGCGGCAUAUGCACUCCCCACUUUCCACUACUCGACUGUAAAUAUCGAUGGCUUCGACUUGGAAGUUGUUGAGCGACGCCCCCCAAACUUUGACCCGAAGAAAAAGUAUCCUGUCCUUUUCCAAGUUUAUGGUGGCCCAGGCAGCCAGUCUGUUACCAAGAGUUUCCAGAUAGAUUUCCAAGCCUAUAUUGCUGGAGCCCUUGAGUAUAUCGUCGUUACUGUAGAUGGGCGAGGAACUGGAUUUAUCGGGAGGAAGGCUCGUGUCGCUGUCCGAGAUGACUUGGGAUUUUGGGAAGCAAAUGAUCAGAUCGAGACUGCAAAGAUAUGGGCAGCCAAGGACUAUGUUGACGAGGAACGAAUUGCCAUCUGGGGAUGGAGCUAUGGCGGUUUCAUGACUCUCAAAACUCUGGAACAAGAUGCUGGCCAGACAUUCUCUUAUGGUAUGGCAGUCGCACCCGUUACCGACUGGCGAUUCUAUGACUCGAUCUAUACCGAACGCUACAUGCAUACCCCACAAAACAACCCUAACGGUUACGAAAGCUCGGCAAUUAACAAUGUGACGGCAAUCUCUCAAAACGUUCGCUUCCUUUUGAUGCAUGGUAUUGCCGAUGACAACGUCCAUCUCCAGAAUUCCCUUACACUGCUGGACAAAUUGGACCUUGCUAGUGUGGAAAACUAUGAUGUUCACGUGUUCCCCGACUCUGACCAUUCAAUUUAUUUCCAUAAUGCAAACAGGAUGGUCUACGAUCGUCUCAGCCAGUGGCUUAUCAGAGCAUUCAAUGGCGAAUACUUGAAGCUAGACCACCUGAAACCAAAGGAGCUUGAGGAUGAGUAA